GCAAAUUGGCUACACCUCGAACACACUAAACACCAGCAAGACCGAAACGCGAUCUCUUCAUAUUUUUUCCUCUCAUCAUCACUUCCAUUUGUACCAGUUACAAGUGUACGGUAUUUUUUUAAAAGCAACUUUGGUAUUUUUCAAAAAGAAAUUUAGUGUUUUGAAUUUUUUUGGUGUGUUGUUAGUGUGAUUUUGGUUGCUGCAUAGGACUAGGUUUAAUUUAAGUGGCCAUGUCGGCCCAUACAUCCAACGACGUAACGUUGAUUCAAGAUGAAGAUGUUCUACGGAAAAUGUGGCAAGACACUGAGGAUUUCGGUCGUAAAAAGGAGAUUCGCACGCAUAUGUAUAAAUUAAGGGAAGCCCGUUUGAGAGACUUCUACAACACAGGAGAAGUGGGCAACGAAAUCCAACGAACGACCAACGAAACUCGCAAAUCAACUCACGCUGACUCCCUGGCCGAUCACAGCUUCCUCAGUCUCAAAUCCAAGGAAAUACGUGACUCAGAAUCGCCGACUAGAGACAUGAAUUACAAAAUUUCAGAGAGACACAAUGACAAUGGUUGGAAUGUUGUUAGCUCCAAUGAGGUAAGUCAAGAUGGUAAAACAUACACGACGAAAAGAUCAGCCACAACUUCGGGUAGUCAGAAGAUUGAUGGUGGUAAAUUGGAUUACGCAGCCAGGAGUGAUCAAAAAGCUUCAGUUUACCGCGACGGUGACGAUAAAAAUUUUACCAAAACAGCUGGAAUUAAGUCUCACUCAGUCAUUCAACAAGAAGCUGUUGGUGGUGAUGAAAACAGUAAUUUUAGAUCAAGCUCCACAAAAACAUCUUCCUCAUCCAGAGUAGUAACUGAGAGCAAAUUUAGUUCUGAAGAUGUAGUGCCCGCUAUAACAUCAACCAAUCAAAAUGACAAUGUUAUAAGAUAUGACAAUGUACCGGCUGAAUUAAAAAACCAUCCAAGUUAUGUAGAAGGUAAGACAAAAGUCUAUAGAGAAACUACAACUCUAUCUGACGGUUCUAAAGUGAUUACAACAAGAUACGAACCCAUUGAGACAACAUCACGUCAUUCCGUUAAUCAACAGUCAAGAAAUAUUAAACAAACCGUUUCAGAUACGGUUCCACACCGUACUGAACCAGUAACUUAUGUUGAUGACAACACAAAGGUUUAUAAGGAUACUAAAACCUUGCCAGAUGGUUCCACAAUCACCACUACAAGGUACGAAACCACUGGAGGUAGUUCGACAUCCAAAACUGAAAAAUAUUCAACAACAAGCACUCAACAACAUUCCGCUACAAGUGUUAACAAUCAACGUGUGGAAGAUCAGACACAUACUGAUAUUAGGCAAACUUCCCAGUUAAUCCAGGAAAAUCCAAACCGAAAUGAACCUGUUACUUAUGUUGAUGGUACCACAAAAGUUUAUAAAGAUACUAAAACUUUGCCUGAUGGUUCAACUGUUACUACCACUCGCUAUGAAACUACUGAAGGUACUUCCAAAAAUGAACGUCACACCACAAGUAGCAAUCAAAGAGUGGACGAUCAAAGAUCUAUUAAUAUAAGAAAAACUGCAAAACAAAUUCAUGAUAGUCCAAACAGAAAUGAACCUGUUACUUAUGUUGAUGAUAAUACAAGAGUUUACAAGGAAACCAAAACUUUGCCUGAUGGUUCAACUGUUACAACAACUCGCUAUGAAACAAUUGAGGAUACCAGAAAUGAACGCUACCACAAUCAAAGAGUGGACGAUCAAAAAACAACAAAUAUAAGAAAAACUGCUAAACAAAUUCAUGAUAGUCCAAAGAGAAAUGUGGAUGGUAAUACCAGAGUUUACAAAGAAACUAAAACUUUACCUGAUGGAUCUACUGUUACCACCACUAAAUAUGAAACUAUUGAAGGAACAUCGAGAAAUGAACGUUAUACAACUAACAACAAACAACAAUAUGUGCACAACACUAAUGUUACCAAUAAAACAAACAUCGUUAACACUAAAAAUAACCAAGAAAUUGAAUUUGUUGUUGACGAUGUUCAAAACAAGCCAGAAAUAACAGUAGAAAUCACAAAAGACAAUAAAACCACUAUAAAGACAACAAAAGAUGUAGUUGACAGAUCUAAACCAACGAAUGAAACAUACACUACCAUCAAGACAACAACAAUCCGUAAUGAGCCCCAAACAAGAACUAAUGUCAAUAAUCAAAAAGUAACUGAUCAUUUUAUAAAUGUUGAACAACAACAUGAAAAAGAAACUAGAUACGUUCAAGAAAAGCCUCUUCCAAGACAAGAACAACCGACACCACAACAAAAACAACCAGAAACCUACGAAAUAUCUUCUCCAAAUCGUGAACAACCCAAAAAGCAACCUGAAUCUUAUGAACAACCAGAAAGGAGACAACCAAUUAAACCUGGAAAGUCUGAAUUGGAUCGUAAACCAGAACCAACUACAGGUCAAUACGACACUACUUACAGAAGUGAGUUCACUCCAAAAAGAAUUAGCGUAGAUGUGAGUCCAACUCACGAAGCCUUCGCCAGAUCCUUAAGAGCCGUAAGUCCGGACAGAGUUAGUCAUAGAGGCAGCGUUAAGAGUCUAAGAACAAGCACUAGUUCACUAAGAAGCAGCAUCAGUCCUGAAAAACAAAGACAUCCUGCAAGAUAUUCUCCAGAUAGAAAACCACACGACAGAAGCACGUCUCCACGGAAAUCUACUGAUAGAUUCCCAAGUUCUGAAACCAUAACUUACAGAACAACUCCAGAGAAAAGACAUCCAAAAUCACCAGAAAGAACAACAACAACUUAUAGUUCUGAUACAAUUACAAGACGUAACAAAACAACAAAACAAGAAAUAGACAGCAGCACCUUAACCAGACGCAAGCUCAAACCGAAGUCCAGAAGUCCAUCACCAUCCACGACAGCAAGUGACAUAGAAUAUAUCAGAAAUAAAGAUGAAGAAGUUACUGAUUUAGAUGAUGAAACUAUAAUUAACAGAACCGUGACUACUAAGAACAUCAGGAACAAAAUUGAUACUACUUCGAAAGAAAAACGUCCAUCUAGUCUUGAAAUUACCACGAAGAAAACCAGGAAGAUUACUGAUCGUUCUCCAACAUCUCCUUUAACUGAUUUUAGCUCGCCAAAGUCACCAGUUAAAGAUGCACCAAGAAGAAGUAGUCUCAAAUCUCCUGUAAAAGAACCAACAUCCAAUAACAAAGACUUGCCAAAAGAUAAACCACUGAAAAGAACAAAUACUUAUGAAGAGAGGUGCAGGCAGAUUUUAGGAAUAACUGAAACCACAACUGAAAGAAGACGUAGCAGUUUAGAACGUCUUGGUAUUAAGAGAGACUCGUUGACAAAAACCACAAAACCAGAAAAACCAAAAUCUCCUAUCAAAAAGUCUCCAACUAAGGAACUCCCAGAACGUUCAUCCCCUGAAAGGAAACUUACUAAAGCAUCUCCUGUUUCUGAGUUCCCAUCUCAGAUUAGAAAAUCUCCACAGAAAGAACCAUUGGAUAGUUAUCCUGAGAAAAGAAGACCAUCGAAGACAGGUCCUGCUACUUCUGAGUUUCCAAGCCAAAUCAAAAAGUCGCAUGAAAGAGAACCAAUGGAAUUUCCUUCACAAGUCAGAAGAUCUCCAGAAAAAGAACCGUUGGAACCUUACCCAGAGAAAAGGAGGCCUAACAAAACGUCACCGACAAUAAAUGAAUUCCCAUCUCAAAUUAGAAGAUCGCCUGAAAAGCAACCAUUAGAACCUUAUCCAGAAAAAUGUAAACCAGAAAAUAAAAGACCUUCUAUUAAUGAAUUCCCAUCUCAAUUAAGAAAAUCUCCGGAGAAAGUACCACUGGAAUCUUACCCAGAAAAGAGGAGACCAAGCAAAACGUCUCCUUCUGUCGAUGAAUUCCCAUCUCAAGUCAGAAGGUCACCUGGAAAGGAACCCUUAGAGCCUUAUCCAGAAACUCGCAUACCAGAAAAAACAAGUCCUUCAGUUUCUGAAUUCCCAGCUCAAGUUAGAAGAUCACCAGAGAGGGAACCACUUCAGCCCUAUCCAGAAAAACAAAAGCCGUCAAAAACAGGUCCAAGUAUUUCUGAAUUCCCAUCUCAAGUUCGCAGGUCUCCCGAAAAAGAAACAUUGGAGCCUUACCCUGAACAACGUAGACCAGAAAAAACAAGUUCUGCAGUUUCAGAAUUCCCAUCACAAGUUAGAAGAUCGCCUGAGGGGGAACCAAUUGGACAUUAUCCAGAAAAACAAAAGCCAUCGAAAAUAGGUCCAUCUAUUGCUGAAUUCCCAUCCCAAGUUCGUAGAUCUCCCGAAAAAGAACCAUUGGAGCCUUAUCCAGAAAAAUGUAGACCCGAAAAAACGAGUCCUUCAGUUUCUGAAUUCCCAUCUCAAGUUAGGAGAUCGCCUAAGAGAGAACCAACUGAACCUUAUCCAGAAAAGCAAAAGCCAUCGAAAACAGGUCCAUCUGUCUCUGAAUUCCCGUCCCAAAUUCGCAGGUCUCCCGAAAGAGAACCAUUGGAGCCUUAUCCUGAAAAACGUAGACCAGAAAAAACAAGUUCUUCAGUUUCGGAAUUCCCAUCACAAGUUAGAAGAUCGCCUGAGAGGGAACCAAUUGGACAUUAUCCAGAAAAACAAAAGCCGUCGAAAACAGGUCCUUCUGUUUCUGAAUUCCCUUCCCAAGUUAGGAGGUCGCCUGAGAGAGAACCAACUGAACCUUAUCCAGAAAAGCAAAAACCAUCGAAAACAGGUCCAUCUAUUUCUGAAUUUCCAUCCCAAGUUCGUAGGUCUCCCGAAAAAGAACUAUUGGAGCCUUAUCCAGAAAAAUGUAGACCCGAAAAAACGAGUUCUUCAGUUUCUGAAUUCCCAUCUCAAGUUAGGAGGUCGCCUGAGAGAGAACCAAUUGAACCUUAUCCAGAAAAACAAAAGCCAUCGAAAACAGGACCAUCUGUCUCUGAAUUCCCAUCCCAAAUUCGCAGGUCUCCCGAAAGAGAACCAUUGGAGCCUUAUCCUGAAAAACGUAGACCUGAAAAAACGAGUUCUACAGUAUCUGAAUUCCCAUCUCAAGUUAGAAAGUCGCCAGAGAGAGAACCAAUUGAACCAUAUCCAGGAAAACAAAAGCCUACAAAAACAGGUCCUUCUGUAUCCGAAUUCCCAUCUCAAAUUCGAAGAUCUCCAGAGAAACAACCGCUGGAACCUUAUUCAGAAAAACGUAAACCACAAGUCGAAUAUUACACAGAGAAGAAACCUACCACAAAACAACCACCUCACAAACCUAUUAAGAAACCUUCCAAAAAGAGGCCUGGCGAUGAAACUUCAUCAUCUGAAGAGGAAGAAGAAAUUGAAAUCAAUGAGGUCGAAGAAAUUAAUACCACAAAGAAAUACACAACCGUCGAUGCUCAACCAGUUGAUGAACCACUAGCAACUGAAAGGUUUAUUGAUCAAUUAUGUAAAGAUGAGGAGUUAACAAGAACCAAUGUCCGAAAUACUAAUGUGACAAAGAAAAAUGUUCAAAGAUUGAUUGAAGAAGAAAUUAUCACUGAUGACAUCAACAAGACCAAUAAAACGGUAAAGAAAGAUCAACCUAAGAAACCUAUCACUGAUAAAUUCAUAACAAAUGAGAAAGAUCACACUGAAAUUACUACAAGAAAAACUCAAAUAACUAAAACAAUGGAUAAAAAGUCUCCUACUACUAGACCAGGUGAAACUACUACCUCUGUUACAAGAACAACUAUAAGAAAAGACAUACCACAAUCUCCCAAGAAAAAACCUUUCAAGCCUGGCACCAGUGAAUACACUGAUGAGUAUGGAAAACCUAAAUCUGUGGAUUCUAGAAGAAUUCCACAAAAAUCUGUAGAAAAAAUUACUUUAUGGAACGUUGAAAAUUUAAGCGAAGCAGAAGAAGAUACUUCUGUUCAUGUCAGAACUCACAGAAUUGAUGAAACAGUUAACAAGAAGACUACAAGACUCACCAACGGUGAUGUCACCAAACCUGGCAAGAGACCAAUUAGUAGCACUCCGACACAGUCCAAGAAAAUCGAAAAAAGUCCAACCACAAGCACAAAACGUUUCGUUACAGUUAAGAAAACAACAAUUACAGAUACGAGGACAAAGCCUAAACCAAAACCAACUGAUUCUAGUCCAUCUGGUACAUCUCCUAGAAAGGUUGUAUCCACUACCAUCUCUGUAACUCCCGUUGGUAAAAAACCACAACCAUCAAAAACAGUUACAACAAAAACCACCACUGUUUCAAAAAUUUCCAAGUUGGCGCAGCCGAAAGCAAAACCAGUAACUAAGAAACCCGUUAAACUUCAAAACGGCGAUGUUUCAACUGAUGAUGAAUCGGAUGUUGAGUCUGUAGUAGAAGUUAUAGAUGUCGAUGAACUCUCUUCGACUAAGAAAACCAACAAAGUACAUAGAACUACGAGUGAUCAAGUUAUAAAAACUCAACAAAAACCCAAGAGUCCAGUCCGUGGAUUUUCCAAGCCCGAACUGUUGCCCAAGAAACCUGACAGGAAAACCGAAAAGAAAUGUAUCACUACCAAAUCUAUUAUAAUUAAUAAUAAAGACACUGAAGAAAGAGAAGUUAUUAUUGAUUUGUUAAGAUCGAAAUCUUCAAGAGAACCAACUCCAGAUCGUCUGUGUCCGUUGCCUGUAUCGUCAGACGAAGAAACAGGUAUUCCACGCUAUCCGGACGAAGUCAGUGAGCCUGAUGAUACUAGUUUGAAGAAGAAGCCUAAAAAGUUAUCUGACAUUCCUAUUUUAGAGUCAGACGACGACAUUCAAUAUACCAGGAUCACUGACAUAACGGACAACAAACAAAUUACCGAAGUUGACAGAGUAGAGGAAACGGAUGACAGUUUGUUGACAGUCGAAAAGAAAAUUAAUAAAUUCUUGACCACAGCCGAAGAGUUAACCAAAAAGCCAUUAAAACCGAAAUCACCUGCUCCAAAAGUAGGUCGGCCAACUUUGGUUGUAGACGAUGAUAUGAAAUCCGACGAGUGUUUGUUGAGUGUUUCGGACAAAGUUAGCAAAUUUGUAACAACAGCUGAACAAUUGAUCACUCCUCAGCAACCUACAGAAAGACCCAAAAGUCCAAUUUGCAGAAAUUAUACAGAAACUGACGAUUUCACUAACGUAAAAGUGUCAAAGAAAGUCAGUCAGUUUACUACCUCAGAAGACAGACCCAAGAAACCUCAAGGACCAGCUCCGAAGGUAAGCAGGCCUGAAUUCACCGACAUAGAUGAAAAUGUGAAGGAAGAUGUAUGUCUGUUAAGUGUUACUGACAAGGUUAACAAAUUUAUUAAAACCGCUGACACUUUAAUUAGUAGUGACGUUAGGAAAACGCCAAAGCCGCAACAAAAACCCGAAGAAAAGGUUUAUACAAGAGCUUCUCCUUCGAGAAAAUCUCCAGGAAGACUAACUGGAACAGAUUGUGUUACAAUCGAAACAGAAGAGCAAACAUACACAAGAAGGUCUUCCAAGUCACCAGAAAAGACCACACCAAUUCGUAGAACAAGCUCUCCCAAUGAAAGAAUUCCAAAAAAACCAUCCACAGUUAAGAGUUCAAGACCGACAACUGCCACUGAAUGUGUCACGAUUGAAACUGAGGAACAAACUUACACGAGAAGACCAUCUAAGUCACCAGAAAAGGUUUCACCAACACGAAGAACAAGCUCACCUGAUGAUAGGUCUCCAAAAAGAACUACUAGAACAGAAAUUCAUGAAACUAGAAGAACUAGUGGUCCCAAACAACCAGAAACUCCAAAAACUAGCCGCAAACCUGAGGAUGAGCCAAAAACUCCAUUAAGUAGCAGGCUAAGAGGUACCGAAAGCGUAAAGAAGACGAAGGCUUUAUUUGAGAAUAUCACAAAGGAACAGGAAGUUUUAAAACAAAGGGAUAUUUUGAACAGGCCUUCUGUAUUUGAAAGUAGGAAAGUGAAAACACCUCAGACAGAUAAAGUUCCAAAGGAACCAAAAUUGAAGAAAAGGCUCAGUUUUUCUGACGAAGAUGAUGUGACAACUGUUCGUAAAGAAUCCCUCACAACCCAUCAGGACAACUUGAAAUCUACCAAACUGGUAAUCGAUAGGAUGUUCACAAAGGCUAGGUCGCCUGAAAAAGUUCCGGAAAUUAUUUACACUCGCAGCGACAGAGAAUCAACACCAGACGGAGACAUUCCUGGUUACAUGAGACCUUUGGACAGAAGUUUAAGACCCAAUAGUCCUCAUAGGGAUAAUUUAAGUAGGAAACCAGAACAUGACGAAGCUAAACCGAAUAAAUUUGGAGUGACUUUAAAGAGAACUGACUCUGGAAAAACAACAACGACUACUACAUCCACUACAGAAAGGAGGAAGAGCAGUAUCACUUUGGAGAAACGUGUAACUGAAGAGGAGGUUGAAGAGAUAUUUGAACUGGAUGUUUUGGAAGAAUUGUUGGAAAAAGUUAUGGGUUAUGAUUUGAGACGCAAAAUCCGUGCGCAGAUUAGAUUGGUAAAGAAACUGAUCGAAGAAAACAGGUUGUCGAUUUAUGUGGAGAGUUUAAGAAGAUCGUCACCAAAACGUGAGUCCAGCCCAAAGUUCAAGCCAUACAAACCAGAAGAAAGAAAAGAUACUGAAUAUCAAACUGAAUAUGUGAGAAAAUCUAGUCCGGAACGUAAACCUGUAGAUAAUAAGUUGUACAGACACACUGAUUUGGUGGACAGAAGAGACAGUACUGUUAAAACAAGCGAGUACCAAACUUCUUAUACUUAUAAUGAAAGAAGGUCAUCAUCUGAAUACACAUCUUCUACUAGAAGAAGUCCCAGUCCCGUGAAAGUGUGCAGCAGAGAAAGAAGCCCUACCACCAAAUUAUCUCCAAGAGACAAAAAACCUGAAUCUAAAACAUUUACCCAGUUAAAGAAAACUGUACCAAUUACAAAAACAGUUUCGGAUGACAAACCUGAAUGGGUAAGGCAAAGGAACUUAAGGAAAGUUACUGAGACAACAUCCACACCAGUUAAGAAAGUUACAACGACGACCACUACUACAACAAGAACCGGAUCCUCGAGAAAGAGUCCUGUAAAGGAUGUUAAACCUACAGACAUUAUCACAUCGAGUUAUGGCGUUGGACCUACAGAUGAGAACGGCGCUCCCUUGUUUGGACUGAAGGCUUUAAGAGCCCAGAAUAAAACUGAAAAAACUAAAGUACAAGGAACGGUGAUAACGAGCGAGUACUAUUCGGAAAAUGGAAACGAACCGGUGGGCCAGGUGAGCGUGACAAAAUACUCGACCGAUCCGACGGACCUUGGCUCCAACGAAGACCUAAGAAAUAACCACAACGGAUUAACCAGUAUAACUACCACACAGAAGUUCGGCUAUAAAGAUACACCUAGUCUCAAGAGUCUUACCGACAAGAAGAAAGCUAUAACCGCUACUGAUGAUGAAACCGUAACAACAACUACUAAAACGACGUCGAAAGUGAUGAGAAGAGGGUCGGUGAAAGCUUUGUCACAAAAAUUCAUCGAUAACGCAACUGAGACCUUGAAGAGUGAGCGGCAAACAUCCUACCCAAAGGCAGGACUGAUUUUGCGUACGUCCAGCUUCAAGGACACCAGUGGCACUGACGACAGCCGAGAUGCAUCUCCAGUUGAAGAAAAAUCGAUGACGACAGUAAAAACCACCCACCAGUCUUCCCGAACAAUUGAAGGCGGCGACUCUUUCCUAACCAAUCGAUCUAAAGUGACUGGUGCUCAGGACGUGAUAAGAAGGAUGAAGGCGGAAGACUAUGAAGAAGACGAUACCGAAGAGGAUGUGAAGGCCAGAAGUUUACUAAACAAGUUUAUAGGUUCACAGGUAAUUUUGUCCGGCGUUGAACAAAUGGCAACUUCCAAAACCACAACCACCACAUCUUCCUCUCCAACUUCCACGGUCAGGAGAUCCACCAAAGUUACAUCUACCAUAACGGAAGGAGGAAAACCAAGAACUGUAACAAGAGUAUUUCAACGUCCAGUAACUGAAGAAGAAUUAGAAACUGUCUGGGACGAGCAAACUCUUCGUUUAUUACUCGAACAAAGCACUGACUACGAAGAACGUCGCGUAUUGAGAGCCAGACUGCGCCAAGUCAUGGCGGAACAAGAAGCAUGCGCAGAGUUGGUGGAGAGAGCGAGUCAGGAACAGACCGCGGGCGGUCAAUUAGAGGGUGAGUCUCAACUUCUACCGCUUCUUCAGGGUCUGUUGCAGGCGCCCGAAACGGACCAGACGCCCGACUCGGGCACCGAGAGUGGCGAGGACCAGAGAUCCGGCCUGAUAGCCGAAGUACAGGGCGCCCUCGAAAAACUGGCCACAUCGCUGAGAAGCGAUGCUACUGAUGUCACACCCGAACGACGAAGUUCGCUCCUGCAGCUCGUCACUAAGCUGCAGGCUGGUUUGGCCAGUUCGGGGCCACCUCCUGAGAGGAGGAACUCCUCGGGAAGGUUUAGCAGGAGGAGGCAGAGACAUAAUAGGCAUACGGUGGGCGUGAGCAGCGAAGAACUGGCCGAUGCUCGCAGAUUGAUUGAAGAGAUUUCUCUGCCGAGCGUUAACAGUUCGGAUUCGGUUCAAAGGUUGCAAAAACAAAAGUCGGAAAGUACUAUAUCGGAGGGCGUGCCUCACAGCAGCAGCAACUCCUCAUUUAAAUCUUAUUUGAAAUCGGCAGUUAAAAACGCCACUGCCAAACCGUUCAGCAGUUCGAACAGUGGCAAUUCCUCAGCUGUUCAGACCCCGACAACCGAUCAUUCGGAGUCUUUGGAUCUUCUGUUUCACGAAGACGACAAAAGACCCGCUUUCAGGAAACUGAACUCCCUGGAUGAGACCAGGUCGAGGCAGCAACGCUUUUCGCAAUCGUUUGACGCCACCGCUGUUCAGCAGGCGGCUACGAACAAAAUAUUAACCGAUCGAAAAUCUAUUUCAGAAAGCACACAGGACUCUGAGGACGAGAGCAGUACGGUUAAAGCCCCUCAAAACAAUCGCGUUCAACCCGAUUUUCAACCUAAUCCUAUAUAUAAUCCGCAAAAGCUCUCGCACGAGGAAAAAAGCAAUAGGUUCAAUACUAAAAAGCUCAGGAUGAAACGGGCCAACACCAUUGAUAUUCCCAAACCAUUACAGUUUUAUGAAGACGACGACGACGACAGUGAUUCUUACGCGGAAGAUGAGAAUCACAGGCACAGCUCAUAUUACGCCCUCAGGGGGCCGAUAACUGUUCAUGAUACCAAAAUCAAAUCGAAAGUACCUACAUUUGAACCAAAAACUGAAAGCGAUAAAAAAUUCCUAGCUUUCAUCAACAAACAAAAUGAAGCCAAUCCUCAAAAAACUUCAUUAUGGUCUCAAAAAACUCCAGUUUGGGGUAAUAAAUUUGGCAACAUCAAAAACAACUUUGAACCUAAACAAAACUCUGCCAUGAAAUUCUGGAAGGCGGCAGACGAUUCAACAGUCACUAACUCGUUUCAAACAUCUAAUUUCGGACCCAAAAUCAGUCGUAGGAGCGCAAAAAAUUUGCAACAAAUGUUCGAAGAAAGACAGAAACAAAAUUCGCACCAAAAACCGAACAUUUGGAGUCCUAGUCAAGACCAAAAUAUCGUUAAGGGAUCUUUAAAAGUCAACACCAAGAAUUUAGAACAGGAGAAACAGAAUUAUAAAGCGAUUCCUCAACCUAUUCCGGUUAAUAAGUUUUCGCAUGCACCGCAAUCAGCAUUCAAACCUUUACCGAAGAAGGACAAUUUGAAACCAGAUUCUCUGGAGAUAAUUAAAACUGAAUUAAAGGAACAGAAUGGUCACGAUGCUGUUUAUUUGUACAGUCCUAAGCCAUUGACGACACCUCAGACCGAUUCCAGUGGUUCAUCACCAAUUGGUGCGAAACCUUGGACUGCAACGACUGGAGAACACAGAGUUCUGAAUUUAGCCGCUUCAAAAUUCGAGAAUCAAACAAAACAAGAGCAACCUAACCUUGUCAAGCCGAGAAAACUCAGCAAGGAUUUCCAAAAGGUCUUUAGUCCCCAGCAACCACAGCCAGAAAAACUUCCCACUUAUAAUACAUACACUAACGGAGGAAGUGUUAGGAAGUUGAGCGGACAAUACGAUAGUUUAAGCAUGGUAAAACCGCCUGAUUAUUCCACUCAUACUACAGUGAAGUAUAUACAUCCACAGCCUCAAACUGUGAAUUAUCAAACUCCUCAGCAACAGAGUUACGUUUCAAACAGUUAUAGUCAGCAAUAUCCUAACUAUUCUUAUCAGUAUCCACAGCCUCAGCAGUAUCAACCUUCUUCUCAACAAUAUAACCCUCCUCCACAACAAUAUCAGCCUUCUUCGCAACAAUAUCAACCACCUCCACAUCAAUAUCAGCCACCACAGCAAUAUCAGUCGUCUGCAUCGCAGCAAUAUCAACCUCCUCCACAACAAUAUCAACCUCAAUAUCAACCUUUACAACAAUAUCAACCUCAGCCACAACAAUAUCAGCCUCCUCAACCUCAGUACCAACCAAAUUAUCAGUCUCCGCCUCAGACAUAUCAACCACCUCAAACUCAAAACUAUCAGGCUACUCACAGUCCCGUGCAGUAUUAUCAGCACGUACCGGGCAAAGAAAGUGAACAGACCCAAACCUAUACUUCCAAUUAUCAAUUUAAACCAGCUACAGCUCCUCAGAAAGUUAAAGAAGAACCAAAGAAAAUGACAAAAGAACCGCCAAAACCAGCUGUUUGUCCUCCAGCCUUGGAUAGGCAGAUCAGCAACGAAAGUGUGCACGAGUACACGGCGGUGAGUAGUAAGUUGAUGACGGGUCCGGUGCAACAGGCAGCAGUCACUGUAACACAGAAAGGGCCGAUGACCAGAGAUGGUCAUGAUAUGGCCGCGGCUCUGGGCCUGAAGAAUACUUUGCAAAAGAAAUCCGAAGCCAAAUCGCCAUCGAAUAGUUUUAAAUACAAUUCCACUAGUCCGAGCGUCACUAGCAGUGGUAGUUUUAAGUAUAAAAGUCCCACAAACAUUUCACCUCAACAUUUAACAUCGCCUAGUAAUAGUUUUAAGGAGGUUGAAGUUAAAAAGGAAAAUAAGAGUUGCGGAAUAGUUAAACCGAUGCAACAGAAACCUCAAAACGUGGUUUCUACCGAGGUUAACUCCGAGGGUGAGAGCGUGGUGACUGGUCAGUUCCAGAUUCCCGUGUUGAACGUGCCGAAACCAACACACGCUCAAGUUCUGAGCAAGUCUGAUUCUUGGAAUCAGAUUUGCAUGCAAUCUCAAGGUUCUCACGACAAACCGUCACCUAGAGCGUCUCCAAAGUCGGCGACUGUGGUUAGAUCAAAGUCGAGUCAUAGUUUGGCAGUGCCGAAGAUGUUCGAGGCUGGCAUGACAAAAGACGAGAUGAUGAACAAGAGAAAGACGAUGGAGGCGUACUUAAGUGGAGGCACUAAAAGUCCUCAGCCUCAGUCGCAGGUAACAGAGACGCCGAAGACGGUGAAGAGGUCGAUUAAUAGGAUCAAGACGUCGGAGAAGACGUCCACGUUUAGACAAUCGUCCGGAUUAUCGAGGAGUAGGACUUUGCCGGACAUCGCUUGCCCCGAUAUGUUGGACGAAAAAAAAGUUGAUACGACCAAGAUCUUUUCUACUGGGCCUGUGACCACUACUCAAGUUACAACAAAAGUUACAACACAACAAAUGUCAAAAAAACCAAUUUCACCAUUUGCCAAAUUUCGUCAGCUUGACAAACAAAACAGCCUCCCUAGCUCCCCAAGUACCCCUAAGACCCCGUCAGGCAGCGGGCCCCUAUUUAAAUUUACCGAUCCGGCCCUGAGCCAAAGCGCUAACACCAUCAAAGAUAGACUAUUGCACUGGUGCAGGCAGAAGACCAAGGAGUACGAGAACGUCCAAUUAGACAACUUCUCGAGCAGCUGGGCGGACGGACUCGCAUUUUGCGCCUUGAUCCAUCAUUUCCUGCCGGACGCUUUCGACUACAGUCAACUGACGCCGAAGAAUCGACGUCACAAUUUCACGCUCGCCUUCCGAGUCGCCGAUGAGAAGGCUGAUAUCGCUCCCCUAUUGGAUGUGGACGAUAUGGUGGCCUGUCGGAAGCCCGAUUGGAAGUGCGUCUUCACCUACGUGCAGUCGAUCUACAGACGUUUCAAGGACGAGGACUAAAUCACCAACAAACUACAAAGUUACCUAUCUAUUUCUUUUAGUGAUUUAUUGGCCAGACUUUGACAUGUAAAUGUUCCUCUGUAUCGUUAUUUAAAUGUCUGUAAUUUUGUGAUCUAAUGGCAUUUUUUCUACUCUCGGGAUGUAUCCUGUUUGUUUUCGUUCGUGCAAAAGUGAUAUUUGAUUUCUGCCCAGCUGUUUUCUUUUUUAUAUUUUCUAUCGCGUUUUUUAUGCAAUUUUAACUUAUCGCUUAAUUUAUUACUUACAAUUAGUUUUUUUAAGUGGGUUGUUGCUUUUGCCAUGAGGUAGCUAACAAUUGAAAUGUUUUGGUCGAUAUUUAUUAUUAUUUAAAAGUAUAUAAUUCAGUCUUUUAUUAUUAUGAUUAUUAUUAUUUGAAUUAACAGCGUAUUGCCUGCAUGUGUAAAAGACAAUAAUCUCCAAUUGUUAUCAUACUAUUUUAAGCUAUUUUAUGUGCCUUAUAGUCUUUAUAUAUACAUAUAUAUUUUAUAAAAAGGAUUUAUAUACAGAAUCUAACAAAUAAAAAAAUGUGAAUAUUA